UUAUUAAAUAUUGAGUGUUUCGCGUGUUAGUACUAAUAUUAUUCCUAUAGACAGCAUGGUGAAAUUAAGUUAAUAAAAAUGUUAAAACCUAAAGAAUUAGAUGAUCACCUGCCGGGUUUCGAUGCCCCUAAAGCAGAUGAGCCUCAAAAUGAACCCAAAAACAACCAGAAGAAAAAGAAGAGUUCGGGUGCUUUUCAAUCAAUGGGCCUAAGUUUUCCUGUUUUAAAAGGAAUUACGAAACGGGGAUACAAACAACCAACACCUAUACAACGUAAGACCAUACCAAUAGCAUUGACUGGGAAAGAUGUUGUUGCAAUGGCCCGAACUGGGUCCGGCAAAACAGCUUGUUUUGUCCUCCCAAUCCUUGAGAAACUUCUUGUUCCGAACAACAAACCUACACCUGGAAAGAAUUUGAGGGCAUUAAUUCUCUCACCAACUAGAGAACUCGCAUUACAGACAUUAAGAUUUGUGAGGGAGCUGGGAAAAUUCACUGGAUUAACGAGUGCAGCUAUUCUUGGUGGAGAGUCCAUUGAGCAGCAGUUUAAUGUGAUGUCUGGCUCUUCUCCAGACAUAGUUGUUGCAACACCUGGGCGCUUCUUACACAUCUGCAUUGAGAUGAGCUUAAAGUUAGACAACAUCAAAAUAGUUGUCUUUGAUGAAGCUGACCGACUAUUUGAGCUUGGUUUCGGUGAGCAAUUACAAGAGAUCUGUGCUCGUCUCCCUUCUAGUCGUCAAACGUUAUUAUUCUCUGCAACACUACCUAAAAUGCUAGUAGAAUUUGCGAGGGCUGGACUAUCAGAUCCCACCUUGAUAAGAUUAGAUGUUGAUUGGAAAUUACCUUCAACAUUAUGGCUGGGAUGGAUAUCAGUGAGGGCUGAAUUGAAAACGGCAGCCCUGUUGAUUCUAUUAGACAAAGUAUUAACUCCAACAACACCCCAAGCAGUUGUCUUUGCUGCUACGAAACAUCAUGUUGAGUAUUUACAUUUGAUUCUACAACAAGCCGGUAUAAGUUCAACAUAUGCGUAUUCAGGCCUGGAUCCGUCAGCCCGUAAGAUAGCUCUAGGACGGUUUACCAAUAAGAAGUGUUCUGUUCUAAUAGUAACGGAUGUGGCAGCCAGAGGUCUAGACUUACCUGCAUUGGAUACAGUCAUUAAUUACAACUUUCCGGCGAAACCCAAACUCUUCGUCCACAGAGUUGGUCGCAGUGCCAGAGCGGGUCGAGCGGGUCGGGCCUUCUCCCUGGUGGCGGCGGAAGACGUGGCCCACUUGUUGGAUCUGCAGCUGUUCUUGGGCACCACGCUGGGGAGAGUGGACGAGAGCGCGGGGCGGGGGGCCGCCUGCGCCAGCGGAGUGUGGGGGGCGUUGCCCGCAGAACAGCUGGAACUUCGACAUCAGGACGUUAUGGCCUGGGAGAAGAACUACUCUGAAAUUGAGGAGGCGGCUCGUACGUGCGCCCGUGGACUGCAGCAGUACGUGCGGUGGCGCGAGGCGGCCUCCGCGGAGGGCAACAGGCGCGCCAAGCUGACCGAAGCGCCCACGCAGCCGCACCCCUUCCUCACCGACGGCGCCCCGGACUCCGCCGCGGUACUCGUGGAUCAGAUCAAGAACUACACACCUAAAGGGACAAUAUUGGAGUUGUCGGCUAAAAACGAUUCACCGAUGUAUUUGGCGAUGAAAGCCAAGAAGCUCGCACACGGCAGAACUGUCGAGAAGACGAGACAAAACAAAAAGCUACAGGCCGAAGGUAAACUUGAUGAUAUCGUCACUGCUGUUAAAUCUAAGAAGAAAAAGAAGGGACCAGUGCGAGAUGAGAACUACAUACCGCACCAAGCAAGCGACCAGCACACUGAAACAGGCAUGGCGGUGAACUUCAGCGCGGGCGCGGAGCACGCCCAGCUGGAGCUGCGAGCCGACAGCGGGGACGCCGAGCGCGCGCAGCGGAACGUCAUGCGCUGGGACAGGAAGCGGAAGAAGAUGGUGCACGUUGACCCCGACGGCGGACGCAAGAUGAUUCGUACUGAGAGCGGGUUCCGUGUCCCGGCUUCGUUCCGCAGCGGCCGCUUCGACGACUGGAAGAAACGCAACUUCGCGCACGACCACUCCGACGACGAACCGCAAGCACAAACCAAUAAAAGGAAACCAGCAUCUGAAUUCCGUCCGCACUGGGUGAAGCACAACGAACGCGUAGCGAAAAAAGCGGCCGAGUCCAAGUCGCGCGAGUUCAGAGACAAGCAGCAGAUCGUCAAGGAGCGCAUGCGGAAGGACAAGAUUAAACAGAAACUCAAGUUCAAAGGGAACAAGAAGAAAAACAAAAGGAAAAAAUAAGUGAAUUAUUUUUAAUAAAACGUUUACGACUCUAUAACUUU